CUCCCUUUGCAACACUAUGAAAUCGUGGCUGAGUCUUUUGUCCAUCGCGCCACCCCUGAGGCCAUCAGGGUCCGAGAACGAACUCCCCCACCACUGCACUUCAGAGAACGAGAACUGUAUGCUGGGGCUGAAUGGCCUGUGCCUGCCAUUCGUGAACGUGUACGAACGCCUGCAUUUGAGCCCCUCGAACACUUGGAGCACGAGCGACGGCGAGAGGCGUGGUCACUGGAGCGGGAGCUGCCAGGCAGGGAUGCAGCACGCAAGCGACGGCUCAUGGAGGAUGGGAGACAUCUGGAGUGUUCACCUGACAGCAGCAGCGAGUGGGCGGCCCGACGUCGCAGACCGCCAUCCCUUGAGGGCAGCCCAGGAGGGAGCAGUCGAGAUGGACGAUUCAGUGACUCUGAGCGGCCAGCGAGAGCAGACCGUGUGUCCCCUGCACGAGAGAGCCACAGCAGCCUGGACAGAGCCCCUGGUGAAAAGCGCAUCAAAAGCAGUAGCACUCUCUCAGAGUCUAGUGUCGGCGCGAGUCCUGCGGAGAGAAAGCGCAAAGCGGGCGAUUCAGCCAAAGGUGCCUCCAAGAGAGACCGAUCUGAGAGCAGCUCCAAAAGCAGCCAGGCUUCAAAGCAGGAUGCAGGGGGGAAGCUGAGCAUGGCCUGGAAUGGCAUGCUGCUCCUAAAAAACAGUAAUUUCCCAGCCAGCAUGCACCUUCUGGAGGGGGACCUGAGCAUUGCCAACAGUCUCCUCAUCGACGGCAGCACGGGCGGUAAAGUCACACAACUACGCAUCACACAACGCCUUCGCCUUGACCAGCCCAAGAUCGAUGAAGUAUCUCGGCGCAUCAAAGUUGCAGGCCCAGGCGGGUAUGCGGUUCUACUGGCGGUUCCGGGCAGCUCCGAGGAGACUUCGUCUUCGGACCCAGCAGCAUCGACGCAGAGGCCCCUGCGCAACUUAGUUUCGUACCUGAAGCAAAA